AUGCAAAUUGCCGCACUAGGAGUACUGCUGCUGCUGUAUGUUGCCACCGUGGUACAUGCACUCCACCCUAUCGUAAUCAAAGGCAACAAGCUCUUUGAUUCUGUCACCAAGAAUCAGUUCUUCAUCAAAGGUGUGGCGUACCAGCCGAGAGACGGCCAUGUAGUAAGGAAGGACAAUUUCAUUGCGGAUCCUUUGGCCGACGCCUCUGCAUGUGCUCGAGACGCAUCACUUAUGCAAAAGCUGGGGAUGAACGUGGUCCGUGUGUACGAAGUUGACCCUUCGAAAGACCACGACCAGUGCAUGAAAUCCUUUGCAGAUGCAGGCAUCUACCUGUUGCUCGAUAUUGCCACGCCAAAGUUCUCCAUCAACCGCAAGUCGCCAGAGUAUGACACGCGCCUGUACGAAGCCUAUCGUAAGACGGUCGAUGCCUUUUCCAAGUACGACAACAUGCUUGCCUUUAUUGCUGGCAACGAAGUGACCAACGACAAGACAAACACCCAGGCGUCGGCUUACGUCAAGGCCGCCAUUCGCGACAUGAAGAAAUACAUAAAGAGCACCAAGAAGCGCUACAUUCCCAUAGGUUACGCCAGCAAUGACGAUGAGUUCAUUCGCGAUGCCAUCAAGGAUUACUUUGUGUGUGGCGAAGAAGACGAGCAGGCUGACUUUUUCGGUGUCAACAUGUACGAGUGGUGUGGCGACUCGUCCUAUGAGAAAUCGGGCUACAAGGAUCGCACCAAGGAAUUCGAAAGCUACCACCGACCCGUGUUCUUGUCAGAAUACGGCUGCAAUCUGGUCACGCCACGCGAGUUCAGUGACGUAGAGGUGCUCUACGGCUCACAGAUGACGGAUGUGUGGUCGGGCGGCGUCGUGUACGAAUGGACCCAGGAGAACAACAACUAUGGCUUGGUCAAGAUCGCGAAUGGCAAGGCCGAGCUGAUGCAGGACUACACCAACUUGCAAAAGGCGCUCGCCAAGGCCAGUCCCAAGGGCGUCAACAUGGAUGCAUACAAUGAUCAGCGUCAGGCCCCCCAAUGCCCGGAGCACACACAGAACUGGAAAGCAGCAACAACACUGCCACCAACGCCUUCAAGUGGUGCGUGCAGCUGCAUGCGUGACACGUUGUCGUGCACAGCGUCCGACCAGGUCAGCAACACGGUGACUUCUGGGGGUGGUCAUAGCAACAGCUCGGUUCUCGGCGAUCAGAUCGACGUGCUUUGUGGUAUGGUGACUUGUGAUGAUAUCAGCGGUGAUGGCGAAAAGGGCCAUUAUGGCGCCUUCUCGUUCUGCUCUGGCACUGAAAAGCUGAGCUGGCUCUACAACUUGUACAUGGAAAAGAACAAGGGCGGCCGGUGCGAAUUCAAUGGCAAUGCCGAGGUCACUACACCCAAGCGCAAGGACGUUAAGACGUGUGCGGACAUCCAGGCCAAUGUGGACUCGACGAACGACGGCAGCUCGGGCGACAGCAAGAGUGCAGCAGUUUCGUGGUUGCAGCCAUCCUCCUUCAUUUCUUGGGGACUCCUAAUGACGGGUGUAAUGGUACUGACAGGCAGAUAA